AGGAUCUAGUCUUCCAGGCGGAAGGGGGCAACAGUGAAGCAUCUCGCUCCGCUUCUCUACUCUCUGCUGUAGUAGCAUGUCUCCCAGUGGCACGGUGAGGCCUGUGAACUUUAUCAAACUGUGUGUUUUAAGAUGUCAGAGAAGAUUGUGAAGCGCCCAGGGGUGGGGGUCGGGGUGCUGGUGACAGACGCGUCGCACCCACACUGCGUCCUCCUGGGAAAACGGAGAAGUGCCGUGGGGAAAGGGAUGUACCAGCUGCCCGGUGGCCACUUGGAGUUUGGAGAGACGUGGGAGGAGUGCGCUCACAGAGAGGUGAUGGAGGAGGCUGGGGUGCGCUUGGUGAACGUCCGCUUUGCGUCGGUGGUGAACUCCAUCAGGCUGGAGGAGCAGUACCACUACGUCACCAUUCUCAUGCAGGGUGAACUGGACAGGGAGCACUCUGGAGAGCCGGUCAACGUGGAGCCAGAGAAGAAUGAAGGCUGGACGUGGACGCGGUGGGAUCAGUUUCCUCCUGAGGAGCAGCUCUUCCUGCCGCUGGCCUGUCUGAGACAACAAGGCUUCCAGCCUUUCAGGAACACAGGAACCAACACCCAGUCCUGAAACUCGCACUCUGCCAAAGUAAAGAAAGCCCUCUUUAAGAACCAAACGGUUACAUUAAUGGUCCGUGGUCAUAUUUCGCAAACAUCAUUUUACUGUUUUAUGGUACAUUCUUUGUCAAUGGUACCUGUUAUCACACACCUUAUGUGCACUGUGUAUUUUAGGCAUUUAGAAGAAACUUAGAAUAGCUGUGUUUCCAGCCAAGGUCACUUGAACUUUUGAACUUUUGAAAUGUUGCAACUAAUUAAACAGUUAAAUUGUGUUUGCUUUUAUCAGUGUCUGUAAAAUGAACAAAUGGGCUUCCUAAAUGUGCAACAUUUGGGACAGUAUUUCAAGAAGUGAUUGGUAGUCAAGUUUAUUUGACUUUUUAUUUUUAUUUAUUCAUUUUAUUACACAUAAAAAUACAAGAUGGUUGAGAUGUACCUAAAUAGCUCAUUUUCAUCUGCAGUCCCUGGGCAGGUAAGCAAAGGUGCAACAUAGACACAAAAUAACAUUUACAUAAGUUUUCAAUUUAAAACAGAACAUACCACUGAAUAAAGAUGAUCCAUUGGUCAGUGAAAUACAUAUAAUAUGGUUACACUUUAGGUGGGAAAGUGAUUUGCUUUUAGCCAGCCUUUUAUCAUCACUGGAAAAGUUUUGAGGUCAUUUUGAUAUCUUGGUAAAGAGUUCCAAUAGUGAUACUGUUUUUUGGUGUCGGCCAUUGUUAGUUGAAUUUCAUGCUGUUUAAAAAAAAUGAAAACCACAUUUGAGAAACACAUUUGUGUGUUUUAUGU